AUUAUAAAACAUAUUUGGCCCUCCAAAUUCAGUCACCAAACGAAUAAAUGAUUAAUUAAUAAGAACAAUUCCUCACCAUCAAUACUCAACAUGAACGACACAGAUGUUUCAAAGCAGAUUCAGCAGAUGGUCAGAUUCAUCCGCCAGGAGGCCGAAGAGAAAGCUAAUGAAAUCUCCGUCUCUGCCGAGGAGGAAUUUAACAUUGACAAGCUACAAAUAGUUGAAGCCGAAAAGAAAAAGAUCAGACAAGAAUAUGAACGCAAGGCCAAGCAGAUCGAGGUUCGUAAAAAAAUUGAAUAUUCAAUGCAGCUGAAUGCAUCCCGUCUGAAAGUCCUUCAGGCUCAAGAUGAUAUUGUCAAUUCCAUGAAAGAAUCAGCUAGCAACGAACUUGCUCGUGUUGCCAGUGAUAAAAAGGCCUACAAAAUGCUUCUCAAAGCAUUAAUUGUGCAGAGUUUAUUACGCCUGAAGGAGCCAGCAGUGUUGCUGAGAUGCAGAGAGGCAGAUCGAAAGCUUGUGGAAUCAGUAAUGGAGGAAGCAAAGAGAGAGUAUGCAGAGAAAGCCAAAGUUAAGGCCCCUAAAAUCACCAUUGAUGAUCAUGUGUUUCUCCCUCCAGCUCCUCGCGGUGGAGACUCCCAUGAACCCUUUUGCUCUGGUGGGGUGGUGGUGGCUUCACAAGAUGGCAAAAUUGUGCUUGAAAACACACUUGAUGCACGACUGGAUGUUGUUUUCAGGCAGAAGCUACCAGAGAUCCGAAAGCGCCUUUUAGCAGGAAUGAGUGCAUAAUCUGAGAUUUCCAAUCUAAUAUUUUGUAGCAGGAGGGCAUUGGCACUCUGAUUUAUUUAUUUAUUUAUUUUUUUAAAUUUUUAAAUUUUCUUUGUGAUAAUUUAUCUACAAGAUAAUUCAGUAUGCUUAUUGUGUUCAUUA